CGCCUCGGAUUCUUAUCUCCCGCCCCGCGCUGGGACGCUGCAGGCGGCGAUAGGAUCCGGACUACAGCUCCCAGCACGCCCCACUUCCCGCCCCCGCCGCUGGAGCCCGACGCUGCAGUGGCUCUUCCCGAAAGCUUCUUUCCUCCUGCGCGGCUCGCCGGCUCAGUACUCCGGGGGUCGGGGUGGGUCGGCUCAAAGGCCGGGCUCUCGACGCAGGCUCUGGCCCAGGUGACAGUGCGGGAGCAUGGCCUCGCAGCUGGGCAGGCUGAGCGUCGGCCCCUGCUGGCGCGUGGCGCGGGGCGGCUGCGGAGGGCUCCGCGCCUGGUCCCAGUGCGGCGGCGGCGGAGGGCUUCGAGCCUGGUCCCAGCACAGCGGAGCCAGACGCAUCUGCCGGCCCCCUGGCCCGGCUGGCACGGAGCAGAGCCGCGGGCUGGGGCACGGCCCGACGGCGAGAGGCGGCCCCUGGCUGGGGACAGGGCUGGCCGCGGCGCUGGCGGGGUUGGUGGGGCUGGCAGCUGCUGCCCUCGGGCAUGUGCAGCGGGCGGAGAUGUUGCCUAAGAGCUCGGGGACGCGGGCCCCUUCGCUGGGGAGGUCGGAGGAGGAGGAUGAGCUGGCCCGCCGCUGCGGCAGCUUCAUGGCCCCGCCUGUGACCGACCUGGGCGAGCUGCGAAGGAGGCCGGGCGACAUGAAGACCAAGAUGGAGCUGUUGAUCCUGGAGACCCAGGCCCAGGUGUGUCAGGCUCUGGCACAGGUAGACGGGGGCGCCAGCUUUUCUGUGGACCGGUGGGAGAGGAAGGAAGGAGGUGGUGGCAUCAGCUGUGUACUUCAAGAUGGGUGUGUUUUCGAAAAGGCUGGGGUGAGCAUUUCUGUUGUUCAUGGAAAUCUUUCAGAGGAAGCUGCAAAACAAAUGAGAAGCAGAGGAAAAGUUCUGAAGACUAAAGAUGGUAAAUUGCCAUUUUGUGCUAUGGGCGUGAGCUCUGUUAUCCACCCCAAGAAUCCUCAUGCUCCUACUAUCCAUUUCAACUACAGAUACUUUGAAGUAGAAGAGGCUGAUGGCAACAAGCAGUGGUGGUUUGGUGGUGGAUGUGACCUCACUCCAACAUACUUGAACCAAGAAGACGCUGUCCAUUUUCACAGAACUCUAAAGGAGGCUUGUGACCAGCAUGGUCCAGAGCUCUACCCCAAAUUUAAAAAAUGGUGUGAUGAUUACUUCUUUAUAGCCCAUCGUGGGGAGCGGCGGGGCAUUGGUGGUAUCUUUUUUGAUGAUCUUGACUCUCCGUCCAAGGAGGAGGUGUUUCGCUUUGUACAGAGCUGUGCCAAGGCUGUAGUUCCUUCUUAUAUUCCCCUUGUGAAAAAGCACUGUGAUGACUCAUUCACGCCCCAGGAGAAGCUGUGGCAGCAGCUCAGAAGAGGACGGUAUGUAGAAUUUAAUCUGCUGUAUGAUCGGGGCACAAAGUUUGGCCUCUUCACUCCAGGAUCCAGAAUUGAAAGUAUCUUGAUGUCUUUACCUCUAACUGCCCGAUGGGAGUACAUGCAUUCCCCCUCAGAGAAUUCCAAAGAAGCUGAAAUUCUGGAAGUUCUACGCCAUCCAAGGGACUGGGUGUGCUGAUGCAGGCAGAGUGGCCGUGCAGGGGUUUGGAGGGCACAGGAUGUGUGCUCCCCAUGCCACUGGCCGGCACUUUGCCGCUGUGUGGCAGUUACCUGUGCCUUAGUCUUUUCCACUCUGUACCUCACCUCGUGGGCAGAUGGUCACAUGUUUUGGAUGCUGUCAGUGAUGAAUGGUGAGAUGGCAGAUUAUCAGAGUCAAUUGAUUACACCUCAUUUAUACUUGUAGUGUCAUUUUAUAUGACUAGUUUACAAAAUAGGACAUUGAGUUUCCAAGUAUUGAGAUAAGGGAAUGUAAAUAGUAUUAUAUGUAUCAGGAAAUUUCUUUUUUUUUUUUUUUUUUUUUUGAGACAGAGUCUCGCUCUGUCUCCCAGGCUGGAGUGCAGUGGCUGGAUCUCAGCUCACUGCAAGCUCUGCCUCCUGGAUUUAGGCCA